AUGUCCUAUGUCGACGAUGGCAAUGACGGCCAAGUGGCUGGCCGUUUUAACAGAAACAACCAAAAUGAUGGUCCUCGGCGCCCUAGAUUGGUGACCGACUAUGGGUCGUCUAUGGUACAGUGGAUGCGAACACGCAGACCCCGAUAUCAAGGCGAGCAUCGCCUGGAAGUUGAGCGGCCAAGCCCCAGCUUCACUGUGGAUAUGCUACCCCCAGUCGCGCGAACUCACUCACCAGCCGACACAAUCCCAGUCCGACACCUCCACCAGUCAAUCGGAAAGUCAAAGAAACCGAUUGUCGUAGUAAGAUGGACCCCCGAAGGACGACGAUUGCUCACGGGUGGGCAUACUGGUGAAUUUAUGCUCUGGAACGGAACUGCCUUCAACUUCGAAACCGUCAUGGACGCUCACUACGAUCAAGUUCAAGCAGGUGUCACAUCUCUCGGCUGGUCACAUAGCCAAGAAUGGUUGAUAUCCGGUGGACAAAAAGGCGACAUCAAGUACUGGCGACCCAACUUCAACAACGUCGAAACAAUCGACGACGCGCAUCACGACGCCGUCCGCGACCUCUGCUGGGCCCCCAGCGACACCAAAUUCCUCUCCGCCUCCGACGACACCACCCUCAAAAUCUUCGACUUCACCUCUCGCACCUGCGACACCGUCCUAACCGGCCACAAUUGGGACGUAAAAUCAUGCGACUGGCACCCAACUAAGGGACUACUGGUCUCCGGAUCCAAGGAUCACCAGGUGAAAUUCUGGGACCCGCGCACAGCGCGCUGUCUCACUACUCUCCACAGCCACAAGAACACAGUGACAUCGACGCGAUUCUCCCGCGUAAAUGGAAAUCUACUCGCCACCUCCUCGCGAGACCAGACCGCGCGCGUCUUCGAUUUGCGCAUGAUGCGGGAUAUUUGCAUCUUGCGCGGUCACGAAAAGCCCGUCUCGUCAUUGACCUGGCACCCGAUUCACCCCAACUUGAUCUCCACCGGUGCGGAAGAUGGUUCGCUUUACCACUAUCUACUUGAUGAGCCGCAUCUGCCUACUGGACAAGUACCUACUGUGGCGCCAUACGAUAGUCCUGACCCGGCGAAUACGCCGCCGCAGGUCAUAUUCCCCGCCCACAAGGUGCAAUAUGCUCACAAUGCUACGAUUUGGUCCCUGGAUUGGCAUCCGCUCGGUCACAUUCUUGCGUCUGGAUCUAAGGACAACUUUACGCGAUUCUGGUCGCGUGCCAGACCGGGUGAGACUAGUUACAUGAGAGAUCGAUUCCAUACCGGCGAAGAAGCCGCCGAGGACCAGCAGGGGCAGGGGCAGGGGCAGAGCAACUGGAACCGUGGUUACGGCCGUCGACAGAUGCGCGAGGAAGAGGAGCAGCAGAUUCAAGACGAGGCUGAUAGCCUCGUUGACCAGCGCCGAGCUGGUGCUCCCUCUCUCCCUGGUAUCAACAGUGCUCCCGCAGACGAAGGUGGUGCUGGCUUCCUUCCCGGAAUCGGAGCUGCCCAACCUCCUCCUCCGCCUGGCCUCCCAGGAACAAUCGGUGGAAUGGACCCUGGUCGUCUGGCUGCGAUUAUGGGAUCCCAAGGCCCGCCAGGUGGUCCUCCCCCUGGUCCUCCCGGUCCUCCUAGCCAAGGCGUUCCUCCGGGAUUCCCCAUGCUCCCGGGCAUGUCGGGUGGUGCUCCUCCCCCACCGCCGCCGAUGAAUGUUGAUAUGGCACAAAUCAGGCAACAGCUCAUGGCCCAAGGCGUCCAAAUUCCUCCGAAUUUCAAUCUCCAGAAUAUGGCAGGUGGAUUUGGCGGUCUGCCUGGGUUGCAGGGAGGCGCUCCGGAUGGCGGGCGUAGGUAG